GAUUUUCAAAACUUAAAUAAAUGUAACAAAAUCGAGCCAUAUAAUAAUGAAAACGAUAUAAAAUGUGAGAUUAGGCCGAAAAUAGGAACGAACCCCAUUAUCGACUGAUAGCUGUUACUUCACUAGCACUUUAAUGGAAAACCUAACAUCUUGUUUCGAAAUAGUUUUAACAACUAUAGCUGCAUCGAAUCGCUUGAACCCAUGACUAUUGAUAUUAUUUUCUAUUACAUUCAUUUGCAAUGGUACAUUUGAUGUGAAUAAUAGCAAAUAGUUAUAAUUUUGAUAUAAAUGCCAGAUAAAUUUGAAAAAGUACCGUUAACUUGUACAGAAACUUAAAAACAUAACAACGUCAAAAAUGAAAUCUUUUAUCUUUUUUGCUAUAUUAGCCAUUGCUAUUGCCAGCAUAUUGUCCUGUAAACCCGAAGGCAACAAUAAGCCUGAAUGUACCGACGAAAAUGUAAAUGCAUCCGUUCGUAACUUUUGGGAUCCCACUCACUAUUGGUUGUGUAAAAGUGCUGGUUCCGAUGCUGAAUCUGUAAAAUGUCCCGAUGCUCAAGGUUUCGAUUCAGAUAAGGGUACUUGUGUACCCUUCAAAGAAUGGAAAUGGACUGAUCCUUGCCCACCUGAUGCAAAGGAAUAAAAAAAUCUUUGGUAAUCUAAAACUAUGGAAAGUGGAAACUUAAAUUUAAUAAAAUUAAUUUUUUUGAUUGAAA